GGUAAACAUUACAGUUUUUGAGUUUUGUGAAUUUAAUUUAUCUUAUUUAUGCUUGCAGUAUGCUGUAAUAUGUUUUGUUUUCUGUUUUAUCUUAUUGCUUGAGAAUUUGGAGUGUAGUAUUCAUAUUGGUUGAAUUUUGUUGUUUUCCUUUCAGGAGAAGACGAAACUGGUUCAAUGGCUUCUAAAUUGUUACAUCUUCUUAGUAGAGAUACAUUUGCAACUAUUGACAAGGCAACCGAGAAUAAAUCACUUGUUGGAUUGUGUGUUAAAUCUGAAAAGGAUGCUUAUAAUCUUUACAACAGUCAUGCUUUUGAAAAUGGAUUUGGUAUUCGAAGAUGCAAACAGAGGUUUAGGAGUGGCAAUGUAAGUUUGAUUAUGAAGUCUUACUGUUGUUGGAAAGAAGGGAAGAAACUACAAAAGGGCACUGAAAACAAAAUGUAUACGAAAUUAGAUUAUCGUUCAGGUUGUAAAGCAAAGCUGCAGUUUUCUAGUAAUGUUGAUGGUGAAUGGACUGUUUCAAAGCAUAUUACUGAUCACAACCAUUCUUUUUGUCCAAUUGGUCAAAGACACCUUCUGAAAUCACAUCGAGGUGUUGAUCAUGAGUAUCUUGAAUUUAUUAUGUUGAUGAAGGAGAGCGGGACAAAGGUUUCUGAUAUUCACCGUAUGCUUCAAAAACAGGCAGGUGGGGUUAGUGAUCUUGGAUUCACCAAACGUGAUGCUUAUAACGUUCUAGAAUCUGAAAAGAG